AUGGCGUUGCUGAAAACUGUCUUCAAUAACAGUGACAUGCCUAUGGAGAACAGAAACACUGGCCAAACCGACACCUUCCUAUCUACCUUCAAGAGCAUCCUGGAUUCAGUCUCUCUCGUCAAAGGCUCACUUAGCCAAGCCCCUUUGGAUGACUCAGAUAAAAUGACAAACAUGAUGAAGAACUGCAGCUAUCUUGCAACCAUGAUCAAGAUGAUGAGGAACUCCUCUGACACAUCUGCGUGUUACAUGCAUGCAUUUAUGGCCCCUCUGUCCUGGGUGACUUUGACCACACAGAGUGAAAACAACAUGGAGUCGGAUGACUAUGACACACUGCUGUCGGCUGCAAAACCUGCACUGCAGGACAUGCCUCCUUCAAGAAUGAAACUUCCAGUCCAAGCCAAGCCCCAAAAUGUGAAAAAGAUGAUGAAGAUGCUGCAGGAAGUGUAUGAUCCUAUGUCUGAAGACCAAAACACUCAGGUGGUAAAAUGGGCAAAACAGCAGAUCACCCAGAACUACUUCAACUGUACAGUGACGCCAUCACCUGACUCAAGAUUAAAGCUGAUGGAGACGUGCAAAUCUUCAGUGAAAUGGCUGAGCACGGAGGCAUUGACCAUGUUGGGACCGUACCUCUCCGGUUUAGCACCAAACGAUGUAGAUUCUUCUCCCAAAGAAAAGCUGUGUGAAUUCUUCCGUUCGGCCCAGUUCAAAUCCGCCUUAAAAAUGGCCGCCGCCAUGAACCCCAGCCUGGCCGAGAAGUUUCUCCAAAAAUUUCAAGAGUGCUUCAGUGCGGGGGCGUUUGCACAAUAUUUGGACAAGCUCGGCCCACUGGCCUGUUAUUAUUACACAGUGCCAGACCUGUCAUCUGACCUCAGCAAGCAACUCCUCUCUGAACUCAAUAACUGCAACAACCCCGGAAUCGAAACGCUGAAGAAGCGCCUUGUCAAGUCUGUGAUUUCAAAGUCCAGCACUACUAAAGCACUACUUGAACUGGGCAGCAGUGUUAACCUGUUGUCUCCCAAACAACUGUCCGAAGUCUCUGGCAACGAUCUCAAAGAGAUUCUAAAAAAUCUGGGACCGACUGUCCAAUGGACACGGGGCCAGCUGCGCGCCCUGGUCAAGAAACAGCUGGGUGAUAUAAAGUGUAAAAAUGUGUCGGGUCAGGAGCUGAAGGCCCUUCAAACAGUUGCAGAAGGUUUGCCAAGGUGUUUGCUCAAGAAUGUCAAAGCCCGGGAGAUCCUGAAUGACACAGAGGCCCUGAGGAACAUCUCCAGGUCGAUGAAGAAGGGGCAGCUGAAGGCCAUGCUGCAGGGGCUCCGUAAGGGUGUGGAUCCCUCAGAGCUUGUGCAAAAGUUGGAUGGCGCUUUGCUUCACUGCGUUUCUCUGAGCAACCUAGCCAAAGCAAACAUCAACUCUUUGGACCAAGUGGAGAAUAAAAUGUGGAGUCUGCCACAGGCAGCCUACCUGGCAAAAAAGAUGGACGAUCUAAAGCAGCUUCAAUAUAGGCCUUCGAAGGUGAAGGAUUUGCCUGACUCUGUGUGUCCCGUCUUCCUCAACAAGAUGGAAGUGGCCAACCUGACCUCAUUGCCUCGUCGUGCCCCGUCCCGCCUCGCUCUUGCCCAGAGAGCUCUGCUUUGCCUGGUCAAUGGGAAUGGCUUAUCCGGACUGACCACUGAGAAUGUGUCCAGGCUUGGACCACUCUUGUGUGAGCUUCAGCCUUCCCAACUGCGCCUCAUGGCCCCCAAUGUCCUCAACUCCAGCCUCCAAGCCAUGGCUUCCUGCCAGCACAUUCCCCAACACCACAGGGCAGAUCUAAUUCAGCUGGUCAACCAGACUUUUGGGGAUGCAUCUGAUUGGUCAGCAGAGACUAUGGAAGAACUGGGUCCGCUCCUCCUUUUGGAUGAUAAUUCCACAUCUGCUCUUCCCAAAAAGCCUUGGAUGAAAGACGUUCUCUAUUUCCUGAAGUCACGCCUGACCCAGACUUCUGAUGCACUGGAAAAGAAAAUCUUCGAUCUCACCACCGCCGUCACCACUACCGCAUCAAAUGCAGCGCGUAAAAAGAGAGCAGCCAGCACUGACAGUGCUAAGGUACCUACUGUGGAGCUGAUUGAAGAACUGGGAAUGGACAACAUCUACUGGACAGCUGCACAGCUGGAUCAGAUGUCAACCGAGACCUUCCUCGCUACUGUAGAAACACUUGCUAAAAUCCCUGACUACAGUGCAGACCAACUGGCCGUGCUCAGUAAAAAAGCAACUAAGGCCUUUGGCCCAGUGUCAGCAAUGAAUGAGACUGUGGUGACACAGAUCGGCUGUAUAAGUCAGGGCUUCUCCAACGCAGACCUGGAGAAGCUCCCCUUCUCACUGGACACUCUGGAGGAAAUUGCCCACUGUGGUUGGAAUGAGUCACAGAUGGAGCCAGUGUGGAAGGGUGUUGCUAAAUAUAACAACCUGACAGCGCAGCAGCUGGGAGCUACAGAGAUGGUCUCACUGAGCCAGUUCAUCUGCGGUCUAAACUCCACAGAGAUCGGACAACUCAACAUGGACGCCUUCAGGGAUGCUGUGGGCUCAAUGGAUGGUGUUCAGUGCUCCUUCAAUGUUACACGACAGUUGACAAAUCUCGCUGUGUCCGCAUUUGGACAUCCCAGCACCUGGACUGAAGCACAAGUGGCUGACCUGGGAAACAUCAUUGCUGGGUUGGAUGCAAGUGAGCUGGCUUCAUUAGACGCGUCUGUCUUCUCAUUUAUCAGCGAGUCGUGCAUCCCACUCAUACCUCCAACAAACUUUGCUGCUCUCUCUGCUGCUCAGCUGGAGGCUCUUGGACCUGACAGCGCUGCCAUGGUAACCAGUGAACAGCUAGGUGCCCUGGGUCCUGAUCAACUGGCUGCUCUUGAAAGCACCACAACCGGGACUCGUGACCAAACACAAAACUCUGGCCUGUCAGGAGCUCCAUCACUGACUGUCGAGGGGAUGUCAGCUUACAUGAAGCCUCUCCUGUUUCUCCUCACGGGGUUCCUGCUGCUGUGA